GGCUCUUUUUGUUUGUCCCCGCCCUCGGCCCGGAAGUGCUUACUCGGGAAGAUGGCGGCUGUGUCGGUGUAUGAGCGACCGGUUGGAGGUUUCUCUUUUGAUAACUGCCGAAGGAAUGCCUUCUUGGAAGCCGAAUUUGCAAAGAAAGGUUACAAGCUUCCAGCAGCCCGGAAAACUGGCACGACCAUUGCGGGAGUGGUCUAUAAGGAUGGCAUAGUUCUUGGAGCAGAUACAAGGGCAACUGAAGGAAUGGUUGUUGCUGACAAGAACUGUUCAAAAAUACACUUCAUAUCUCCUAACAUUUAUUGUUGUGGUGCUGGGACAGCUGCAGAUACAGAUAUGACAACCCAGCUCAUUUCUUCUAACUUGGAACUCCACUCCCUCUCCACUGGCCGCCUUCCCAGAGUUGUGACAGCCAAUCGGAUGCUGAAGCAGAUGCUUUUCAGGUAUCAAGGAUACAUUGGUGCAGCCCUAGUUUUAGGAGGAGUAGAUAUUACUGGACCUCACCUCUACAGCAUCUAUCCUCAUGGAUCAACUGAUAAAUUGCCUUAUGUCACCAUGGGUUCUGGCUCCUUGGCAGCAAUGGCUGUAUUCGAAGAUAAGUUUAGGCCAGAUAUGGAGGAGGAGGACGCCAAGAAGCUGGUGAGUGAAGCCAUUGCAGCUGGCAUCUUCAAUGACUUGGGGUCUGGAAGCAACAUUGAUCUCUGUGUUAUCAGCAAGAGCAAGCUGGAUUUUCUCCGCCCAUUCUCAGUGCCUAAUAAGAAGGGCACCAGGUCUGGCCGCUACAGGUGUGAGAAAGGGACCACUGCCGUCCUCACCGAGAAAGUCACUAACCUGGAAAUAGAGGUCCUGGAAGAAACAGUCCAAACGAUGGACACUUCCUGAAUGGUGUCAUUGGAUGCCUGGCUGGUUAUUGCUUUAGAAGACGGGCAUCGGAGGGUCUCCUCCGCAUAAGAGAUUCAUUUGGCUAAUGUUUGCUGAAUGAAACUAAAUAAAUAAUAAUUAAAAAAAAAAACAGAUCGGGUGGUCGAGGCCUGGGGGCUGUGUGUUUUGGGGGGUUGCUAAGACCCGUCAGCCUGGCCUCUUUUAGGAUGUGAAUUUCUCCCUGAGCACCAGUCUAGGUUGUGGUGGGUGUAAAGAGUGAUGUAACUCUCCUAAACCCAGCAGUGUGAUGCCUCAUCUGUUGCAGAAAGUCAGAUUGGGCUACUUUGACUCUUCACGUGAACAUUUACACCCACCCCUUGUGCUAACUUGUUUUUGUUCAGGGUGGCUCUCGUUUUGUUUUGUUUUAGGUUGAGUGCAACACAGCCUUCUACUCCAGCAGCCAAGUAAGAAAGAAAGAAAGAUGAAUCUCCCAGUUUGAUUUCUAGAGCCCAAGAAAAGGGAGGAGGGGCAGACCAUUUGCUUUGCUUGUAGCUGCAUGAACUUGAGUGAACUCCACUUUGUCUAGUGCCACAGAAAUCGGAAGGAAUGUUUUUGGGUUUACUGUUUUGUAAUAAUUAAGACACAAUCAUUUCACAAACAUGAGGCCUGGUGAAUGGUUGAAAUUGUAUGUCUCCAGAGGGUCCUAUUAGUCAAGCAGAAUUGUUCUCAUGAUGUUGAAAAGGGAUGGAGUAGAGAAAGCAAGUUCAUCUGUGUUCUCAGGCUGGUUUUUCCAAGGGAGACGCAAUAGGGGUUCUGAGAGCCAUAAGAGGAAUAUUGGCUAAAUAUCUGUCUGGACCUGGAACAACUUUCAGUGGUGAGUGCUAGGCAGGAGACAGACACUUGACUUUCCCCUGGGGAGAGCAUUGCUGGGGGACACAUGAAAGAGGCCUGGCACCAGUCUUCUAGAGUGGACCCACUGGUAGCCAGCGUCCCUUGUCACAACUGCCAGGAGUUGGGUGGGGAGAACAGUGGAAUUAUUUAGGGCAGCAACUUGGCUGAUGAUUAUUAUCUGGGGAGCUUAAAAAAAUUCCAGGAUUACUCAGAAUGUCUGGGGCCUGGGAAACUGUGUUUUUAAAGACUCUUCAAGAAAUGGUGCUUCUGAC